AUGCCGUGGCGGCAAUGGUGGUCAACGCUUCGCUGCUCCAAGUACGGAGACGUCCCUUUUAUGCUUCUCGGCGUGUUCAUCGGCUGGAACUGUGAUGUGAGCUGUGCUGUGAAGGGGGUAUCCAUGGUGCCCACCUUACACCCCGGUGAGUACAUCCUCUUUGUCCCUUACACAAUGCUUCGGGUCCGCCGCUGGUUCAAUGCCCCUUUGGUAAACUUGAGUGAUGUGGUGGUUGUCAAGGUGUCCGACGACCUUUCAGUUUGCAAGAGAGUUGUCAAGUGCACCUCUAGCAGAGCACAAGCUGAGGAAUGGGGCAAGGAUCACUACGUGGAAGUGGUGCCUGCGCCGUACAGCUCGCCGGCUGCACAGCACAUAAAUGGCCACGCCGAGGACUCCACAGAGAUGGACAGUGUGACGAACUCUGAGCGGGCCUACUUCGACUACGUUGCCCGUAACACCGUCCGCUCCAAAGACUGGGACUCGUGCACUGAUCGCAUCCCCAACCCCUCUCAGUGGGUCUGGCUGGAGGGCGACAACAAAACCGACAGCUUUGACUCUCGCCGUUGUGGACCUGUGCCGGUCGAGUGCGUUCGUGGACUCGUUCUUGCAUCCAUCUGGCCCUCUCCUCACACCCUUCAGCGACCCCCGCCGCCACCGCGCGCAUCGCAGCUUCCCUGA